CGUUGAAUAUCGUAACCGGUCGGCAGCCCCAGUGCCCCUCAACAUCCCUAUUAUGAUAUUCAGAUGUCUUCGUUUGAUUUAUUUGAGAUGUUCCAAAUUCCAACGGACGUGUUGUAAGCAGAAUGUCGACCACGAAGGGCCGUUGAGGGCACCAUUCGACAAAAGUGAGCCCAGUUGUACGCUUGAAACUGGACCAAGAAAACGCGAACCGAGCUGUUUGCCUGUGAAAUCAUCGAUAGACAAGUCGGCUGACAACGGUACAGACAGCACGGAAAUUGACCAUAUUUACGAUAUUAUCAAACAAGAACAUUCCAAAAACAAAUAUGACAUCACUACCUAUGACGUAGAAGAUGUACACGAAUCUCUUGUAAACAGCGCAGGCGCACUGCACAGCAAUUUACAGGCGCUUCACGAGGAGAUGAUUGACACGCGGCUGACGCAGGAACGAGGCUGGAUAAAUUUAGAGUUUGAGUGGAAUGACUUAGUUUCGACGAUUGGAGGGUUGGUGGAGGAAAGAAGCAACCUACAUUAACAACUCGAACCACUUUGAGUUGUGCAUGGUUCGUUAGCACAGUUGUUCAUUGAAAGGUUUGUAAUUAGUUUCAAUGAACUUAUAUUUCCCAGGUUUCGCCGUUUUACCACAACCUUGCCAUUUAUCAAGCAAUAUUGAUUUUAACAACCUAAUUUGUACAAACGUUUGUCAACAAUUUUUAAAGAUCAUCUUAUGUGUUCAUCUUUGAGAAAUAAACACCCAUAUUUUCAGCA